UUUGGAGCAGGGAUCACUUCUUGGUUUAUUCAGGGUUUUUGUAAUUCCGUUAGAAUGGAGAACGACUCCGAGUCCCGCAUGGACAGCAGCAGCACUACUGACAGAACCAGUAAAAGUUCAAACAUUGAGAGUUUAGGCUUGUCACACUCCAAGUUGGUUUAUGAUGGGAACUUUAUUCGCUCUGCUUCUGGUGUGUUUAUGGCUGGAGAAAUCGUGUUUGGGCUCCUGGUGUGGACUCUGAUUGGUGGGACAGAAUACCUCCAUGUUCCUCCACUGGGAUGGGUAAUGUUUGUGUCAGUCUUUUACUGGGUGCUUACUGUUAUUCUCUUCCUCUUAUACCUGACUAUGGCCCACACCAGGAUUCCCCAGAUCCCAUGGAAUAUUUUGGGAAUAUGUUUUAAUGGCAGCGCCUCUGUGUUGUACCUGACUGCAGCUGUGAUUUGUGCUGUAUCUUUGAAUGUGGCCAUUAGGGGGCGCUACUACUUCAUCAGCUGGGUGGCAUCAACGAUAUUUGCCUCACUGGCUAUGGUGUGUUAUGCAGGAAAUACAGUUGUGCAUUUCAAAUCCUGGAGAUCAAAAAGUGAAGAUAUAUAA